GUCUCUGCUCUCUAUGAUCGGGGCCUGGGCUACGGGGAAGCCGCGGGGCCGCGGGAGGUUUGCAGCCGCCUGCCUGCCUGCCUGCGGGAGCUGCGUGUGCUCUGGCUGGAGCCCCAACGCCACAGCAAGGAGCAGGUGCUGGAGCUGGUGGUGCUGGAGCAGUGCCUGCCAUCCUGCCCCGGGGAUGAGAUGCGGGGGCAGCACCGCCCUGGCGGAGGGGUUUAUGGGGCUGGGGCACCACGAGACGCUCCGGGAGAAAUGGUUUUGCUCUGAUCGUGGAUGCUGCUGUCCCCGUCCCCGUGCGAUCGGGGGACAUCCCCCAGCCCCAUCUCACCCACAUCCGGCUCCACGGUGACGCGCGGAUCUCGUCCCCAGGUCGCGGUGAGGGUGAAGGGCGAGGAGGGGCCCUCCGAUGAGAUGCAGCCCCCGGGGGCCCUGCAGGACCCUGGUGAUCCCCGGCGGGAGCAGCCCAGCACCCAUGGUGCGGACAGGCCUCUGGACAAGCCACCUCGCAUUCCCAGAGAGGAUCCCCCGUCCCUGCAGCACUCAGGUGCUGGGACCCUGCAGAGAGCUGAGCAGCAGCCUGCUGAGGAGGGGCCGGUGAUCCUGGAGCUGCAGAGGACGUGCGCAGGGAGCCUGGAGGAAAGGAGCUCCCCGACCCCUGAGCCAGGGCAAGUGCAGAAGGGGCAAGGCAGGCCUCCAAAGCAGGAGGAGAGCUCGGAGCUCCGGGAGGUGUUCGAGGACGUGGCUGUGUAUUUCACACGGAAGGAGUGGGAGCUGCUGGAUGAUGAAGACAAGGUGCUUUACCGGGACCAGAUGCUGAAGAAUCACCAAGCCUUCGUUUCCCUGGGUAAAGCUCUGGGUCUUGCUUCCCCCCGGAGAUAUGUGAAUUGUGCAGUUUUGCAGUCACCUCCCUGUUCCAACAGUCUCAUCCUGAUGAACUUUUGGCCGUAGGUUUAAAUCCCCUUCCUCCCCACUGCCCUGUCAGUGAUCAGCAGGGAUUUUGGUUUUCCAUUUCCCACAGAAAAAUAGAGAAAACCAUGGAUUUACUAUUUUUAUCAGAGAAAACAUGGAUUUUCCCUUUUAGAAGAGAAACCCGUGGAUUUCCCUCUUUUGCAAAGAGUUCU